GGGGAGGAGGGGGGAGGAAGGGGGAGAGCCUAGCACGCAGGCGCUCCUGGGCACUGUCGAAGAAUCGAGUCAGUGGAGCAGAGCGCAACAGCGGCGGCGACGGCUUCUGGAGUCCCCGCCCCAGUGCGAGUGUCUGGGCGGCUGGCAGCCGGCGGGCAGCGCUGUAGUAGCGAGCAGCGAGGUGCGGGCAGCAGGAACGGCGCACUGUAGUGGGGGUCGGAGGCUGCGGUGCUUGGGCGAUGCGUCUCGCCACGUCCCUGUGAGUGCCUGCAGCUAGGGGAAUUAGGAGAGACUGGCCGAAGGCGAAGCUGCUCUCCCCCCCCCCCCCUUCGCCUCGAUUGUUUGGGAAAGGAGGUGGCAAACAGUGCCAAAGCCUGCGGGCAGCUGCAGAACACACAGCCUCUCCGGUGGCGAGAAGAGCAGCAGUGGGAAGAGGAGGCGGAGGCAGAGGACGAGGCGCGGGGCGCUCACUGCCCCUGGACUGGGCCAUGUCAUCUGCCGCGGUGGCCGUGGCUGCUGCCUCCCGCAGGCAAUCGUGCUACUUGUGCGACUUGCCCCGCAUGCCAUGGGCCAUGAUCUGGGAUUUCACGGAGCCUGUCUGCAGGGGCUGCGUCAACUACGAAGGGGCCGACCGGGUGGAGUUCGUCAUCGACACGGCUCGACAGCUCAAGAGAGCGCACAGCUUCCAGGAGGGCCGGGCCCCGCCACCUCCGCCGCCCCAUGCCAAGCAGCAGCCCCCUCAGCUCAGCGCCAAGGAGAUGCACUCGGCUGCGGCAGCUGCAGCCGAGGUGGCGUCCCGCGCCCCCCAGCAGCCUCACGAGCGCUAUUCGCUGGCUGCUGCAGCCCCCUCUGAGCGGCCGCCGCCGCGCCUGGGAGCCGAGUACGGAGGAGGCAGCAGGCAGGUCAAUGGCAUCCUGGUUCCCAACGGCUUUUCCAAGCCCGAGGAGCCACCUGAGCUCAACCGGCAGAGCCCUAACCCGCGGCGGACUCACACCGUGCCCCCCACCCUAGUGCCUCUCAUGAAUGGAGCUUCUUUGCCCGCCGCCAUCAGCAUCAACAGCCGGGCGGCAGCGGCUGCAGCAGCCUCCUUGGCAGCCAUCUCCGGAGCUCCGACCCCGCUGCAGGUGUCAGUCUCACAGGCGCAGCAGAGCCAGCAGCAGCCUGGGGAAGUUGGAGGACACAAGCGGCCCGGCUCGGUCUCUUCCUCGUCCUCUAGCGGCGGGGGCAGCGGCGGCGGAACAAGCGACCUAGAGGGCAAAGACAAGGGACAACAGCAGGCACGGGGCUCGUCCGACAACCUGGACCAGCUGGGCGUGGAGAGCAAGAGCCGUGGUGGAGCAGUGGCGGCUGGCUUGGACCAGGACUGGGUGAGCAAGCCCAAGACGGUGCGCGACACUCUGCUGGCCAUGCAGCACGGUAGCCACGCUGUGCCCUACGAGAACAAGUUCAAGAAGGAGCCCGGCAUGGCGGGCGGGAGACUGCUGGGCUAUGAAAGCAACGGAGCCAUGGCUAAAUCAGGGGCACGGGCAGCAAGGAAGAGAAAGCCUUCUCCAGAGCCAGAAGGGGAAGUUGGACCUCCUAAAAUCAAUGGAGAGGCACAACCCUGGUUACCAACCUCAUCAGAAGGAAUGAAAAUAACAAUGGCAGCUGCAUCUUUCAUGAAUCCACCACCGCCAACUGCUUCACCUCAUUCUAACCGGACCACACCACCUGAGGCAGUCCAGAAUGGCCAGUCCCCUAUGGCUGCACUCAUUUUAGUUGCAGACAAUGCUGGGGGCAACCAUGCCUCCAAAGAUGCCAACCAGGUUCACUCUACCACGAGGAGGAAUAGCAGUAGCCCACCCUCUCCAUCAGUGAACCAAAGAAGGCUGGGCCCUAGCAGGGAGGUGUCAAGUCAAGGAGCAAACACUGGAGGGAUGGAGCCAGCGCACCCUGCCAGCCUCCCAGACUCUUCUCUGGCAGCCAGCGUCCCUCUGUGCUGCACUCUGUGUCAUGAGCGCUUGGAAGACACCCACUUUGUGCAGUGCCCUUCCGUCCCAUCCCACAAGUUUUGCUUCCCUUGUUCCAGACAAAGCAUCAAACAGCAAGGCGCUAGUGGGGAGGUGUAUUGUCCCAGUGGUGAGAAGUGCCCUCUGGUGGGUUCCAAUGUCCCUUGGGCCUUCAUGCAGGGUGAGAUUGCAACCAUUCUUGCAGGUGAUGUGAAAGUGAAAAAAGAGAGAGACUCGUGACUUUCCCAGUUUUUCAGAGCAACAUCCCUCCUUAACUAAAACUGCUUGAAUUGUAUAUAUCUAUAAAUAUCUAUAAAUAUCUAUAUAUAUAAAUAUAUAUAUAUAUCUCCAAGACAAGGGAAAUGUAGACUUCAUAAAACAUGGCUGUAUAAUUUUGAUUUCUUUUUUUGAAUACAUUGUGUUUCUAUUUUUGAAGACAAAAGGUAUGUACUUAUGAAAGCAUUUCCUUUUUUUGUUAUAGCAACUCUUUGUUGUGCUUCCUUGGUGACAGUUACUGUUCAGUGUAGGCUGUGACUUGGGCUGCUUUUUCUACAGAGCACUUAGGAAACAAGAAAUGCUUCUAGCUGUAUUUGUAUGCACUUGUUCCCCUCCUUUUUUAAAAAAAAAUGCCAAAUACAUCUUCUGACAUUGUAAUGAUUGCCUUACUGUCUGUGAUUUCCUUAUUUUUUGUCUUUAACUCCCACCAAGCUGGAGGCAUGCAGGUUUUAGAUAUAAACAUGGGGUUAAAGUUGUUGGUAGAAUUAACUCCAGAAUGCCACUUAGCUCUUGUGGAAGCAGUGUUCCCUUGUUGCAGCUGUAAAAAUGGUCAGAUUCUUAGAGUGGCUUGUUGCUAGAAGGAAGUUUCCUUCAGAGCUGUAUGGGAAGUGAGGAGCUGUUGCAUUAGGGAUUUUGAGAGAGUUUGGGGUUUUUUUUCUCUUAAAAGGCAGAGUUGACCACUGUUCAAGUGGUUGAUUGUAAGAUGCAAAACAGCAUUUAUUCACGGAUGACAUAAUGUUCGUGUAGGAUUUUUGAGAUAAAUUUAAUUAUUGAUUUAACCAUAGAUCGAUGCAGGCAGAAUAGCACUGCCAUCUUUUAAAUAAAUCUGUACCUUUUCAGCAGCAUUCGAUAUUGCCAUUUUCUUCCUGUUUGUGUGGAAAACGCUGAGGUAGUGUUUUUAAUAUGGUGCAGGUGGACUUUGAACUUACUUACUAGGGACUAUUGUUUUUAUGGCUGACAUCAUAUUGCCAGGUAGCGGCAGAUCCCAGCGUCUUGAGGUUUUUGUCUGGCUUCCUUAUGUUGACAGCAUAAAGAAGAAUGGGAAAUUUUUACCUGAAGUUUCUUAACUUGAUUGUUGGGGAAACAUUUAAUUCUCAUUUAAAUAAAAUGACUUGGAACUUACGUCAACUGCAGUUUCACAUGGGCAUGCCUUGCCUUUUUAGACUAUUUUCAAGAAUUCUUUUGUAAAAUUACUAUUUUGAUCACACUUUUUUUUGCAUCAGGCAGCAGACUUUUUAAACCAAUAAAUCAUCAGUUACUAGAAAUAGUUAAGCCUUCCUGUAGUGUUUUUGUGCUGUUUGCAGUUGUGUUAGCAACACUGCUGUGCAAUCCCUUGUAGCUGAGUGUUUAUAAUAUGGUCGCAAGCAACUGUUUGAAGCAGAAAGAUGGUUAUAAGGUCCCCCCCAUCUCUGUGGCAAAUAACACUAUACGUAUUGAUGUUGAAAGAAUCUGUACGACUAAGUUUAACAGUUUUGGAUGCUGUUUGGUCAGACUGUUCUUAUGUAAUAAUGUUCAGGCUGCUUUUUAAUGCAGAAUAGAUUUUGGUAGAUUUUUUUUAAUGGUCAUGACAUUUGAAAAUCCAAACUGCACAUGCACAGUAACUUUUCUUUAUGAAGUGUUUUAAUAAGCACACCCACUAGCAUUGUGUUUCAUAUUACAAGUCAGUGUAAUAUUAAAUAACAAGAUUUGCAUGAUAAAUCCAUUACUCUUUAAAAUGAUAGAAAUACAUAUAGUCCAGACUGGUGUCUUAUGUAAACACAUUUAGACAGUUUGAGGGGAAAAACCGCACAUAUAUACAACUGUAAAGGAUUCUUUUGAACCACUAUAGUAUGUGGAAAUGUGUAUUUAGGCACUUUAUUAAAAUUGGAAUUUGAAUCGAUAGAUGGUAAGAAGUUCAUAAAAAUCUUUCUUGACAUGAUACCUCAUGUAUGAUACCAAUUUGUACAAUGGAGAAUUUGCGUUUUAAGUAAGAAAAUAUUCCUAGUAAAAUAUUACAGAAAGUUCAUUGUGAUGUCUUGGCACGAAGUUCAGAUUUGAGCUUCUGAGUUGAGGUGGGAGGAUAACUUUUUUUCCCUGGCUACUGUUAUUCAGGAAUGUCAAGGUAUAUUGAGAGGCAUUUAAUUUAGAUCCCCAACAGAAGCCCUUUUAUUUACACUUUUUCUUGAAUGAGGAUAUUCAUAUAUUGUAGCCCCAGCAAUAUCCCUCACUAUUUUUUAAAGUAGUUUAAACAGUGGGAAAGUUUAGGUCUUCUCAUACCACAUGGUGACAGCUGAAACAAACUGUAAUGUUUUCCACUAGAUUAGACAACUCCUUUCAAAUGUGUUAAAGUAAUUGGCUCAAACAUAUAACUUCAUAUUUCACAAUUGUCACAAACUCAUUUUUUCAUUUCUCCAAACUUGGACCUAAUGUCAUUUGUUCCUUAAUGAGUUUAUGACAUCAUCUCAGUGGAUCAUUAUAUAUUUACUAAACAUUUCCUUGGCUACAAAGUUUUUUUUUAAAGUGCUUUAGCUGCAACAGUACUACCAUUAAUCUCUGAUAACAGUGGAAACUCCGAUUCCAUUGCAACCAGUGAGAACCAUUUAUUUCAAUGGAGUCAGACUUGCACCCUUAUCUUUUUGGAAGUUUUUAAUGGUGAUAAUUUGUAUAGCAAUAAAGCAAAAUGUUUUAAUGAGGUGAGAGAUUCUCAAUCUCACUUUCAUUACACUUUUAAGUUACCUUUAUUGAAAUAUCACCUGCACUAUGCUUUUGUUGUUUAUAGUUGCUAAACUAACACAUUACUAUUUUUACCAAUUAUUUUUUAUCUUUUGCAUUAAAUAAAGUGAACGUAGGAGCUUUAAA